AUGAGCACUCAAUUCGACAACACCCAUACAAAUUUUUACAACGAGGAUACUCCUCCGCAUGGCCAAGUGGUGUCCAACGACUCCAUUGUUAAGGAAAAUGAUGCUUACUUCAAGCCAGAGAUGGUUGCAAAGGACUUUGCUAAAACGUACGCGACUCCUCCUCCCAAUGGUUACCAAAACUUUAUUGCAGGAUUAGGUAAGGUUUUCGGACUUUGUGGAAUGUUCUGUUGCUGUUGCGACAACCCUUACCAGACUGUUAACCAGGGAGAGGUUGGAUUGGUGCAGACAUUUGGUGCACUUUCCAGAACCGUGGAACCAGGACUUUCUUAUGUUAACACUUGGUCUGAGAAGUUGUUCCGGGUGAACAUCAAGAUCAAUACCAAGGAAUUGCCGCCACAAUCGUGCUUCACCAGAGACAAUUUAUCUGUGUCCAUCACAUCAGUGGUUUACUACAACAUCAUCGACCCACAAAAGGCCAUCUUCUCCAUCUCUGACAUUCACAGUGCCAUAAUGGAGAGAACUCAGAACACCAUGAGAGAUGUCGUGGGAAGCCGUGUUUUGCAGGACGUGGUGGAGAAGCGAGACGAGAUCGCCGAGUCUAUCGCCGAGAUCAUCUCAAAGACCGCAUACACUUGGGGUGUCCACAUUGAGUCCAUUUUAAUUAAGGACUUGACGUUGCCACAAUCGGUGCGUGAUUCGUUUGCAAAGGCUGCCGAGGCCAAGAGAAUCGGAGAGGCCAAGAUCAUUAACGCCAAGGCAGAGGUGGAAAGUGCCAAGCAGAUGAGAAAGGCCUCGGACAUUUUGAGUUCUCCAGCAGCCUUGCAAAUUCGGUACCUUGAUGCUUUGCAGAACAUGAGUAGAAACCCUGGAACAAGGGUGAUUUUCAUGCCUAGUGCAGACCUGAUUGAGAAGAUUGUUCAUCUGCAAGGUGCCCAUCAAGGUAUGAACAGUAUUCCGGAAGAGGUGACUCCCGAUAACACCGGACGCCAGAUCGCCAACACUAUUCUGAUGCAAGAGGCCAUGAGAGAGUAA